CUACUAUCUUCGGACAACACAUUUCUCUCUCUCUAGAAAGACAAAGAACCCUAGAAAUGCUCUAAUCAAGCGUAGCCUCAGAUUCCAGCUUUAAUCACUCCGAAAUUCCGAACGCAGAAACUUCCAAAAUCACAGAGAAAUGGCUUCAAUCAAGCCCUCAUCUCGCUACGCCGCUGCCAAAUCUUCGCUGGAGCCCCGAUCAUCCGCAAGAUCCGACCCGUCUUCCUCCGCGGAGCUCACCCCGAAAUCCCAUAUUCUCCUCCGCGCCACUUCCCGCGACUCCUCACGCGCCCUCGUCCCUGCCAAUCCUACCAGGAGCAAGAGCAGUGCACACAGCUCCAGUUUUAGCGCGAUGGUGAAGAAGCUAGUGGAGCAGAAAUCGAGCUCGGCGAUGGCGAAGCAGAAGCAGGAAUACAAGCUGGCUCUACCGAUCGAGGAUUUGAAGAAGACGGCGAGGAAAGGGACGGGGUUGGGCGCUCUGCACAAGAAGCUGUUCAAAGGGAGCGCAAGGAGAGAAGAGGGGAGUGAGAUGAAGGCGUUGACGGAGAUUAAAGGGAAUGCUCGGACAUUGGCUAUGGUGCUGAGGAGCGAGAGGGAGCUCUUGAGUAUGAACAAGGAGCAGGAGAAUCAGAUUUCUGAGCUUAAAUUGAUGCUUGAUGAGAAAAACAGAGAGGUUGAGAAACUGAAAGAUUUGUGCUUGAAGCAAAGAGAAGAUAUAAAGUCCUUGAAGAAUGCCAUACUUUUCCCAGAUGUUAUGAAUUCACAAGUCCAGGAAACUUUGGAGAAUCAGAGCUCAGAACUCAAGCAGGCAAGACAACUUAUACCAAGUCUCCAAAGGCAGGUCACUUCUCUUACUGGCCAGCUGCAAUGCCUUGCUGAAGAUCUUGCAGAGGUCAAGGCAGAGAAGUACUCAGUUAGAGGGUUCAACGAUGUCACUUCUCCAUGCACACCUGAAUAUGACCAAGAAGAGGCAACUAAUUCUCUGGAGUUCAGUUAUGGAGAUCAGACAACACCAGGCAGUCCAGAUGAUAUGUUUCUCAAGGAUUUAAACCCCUGCUUAACACCUUAUGCCAAGACAAAGUCCAAGGAAUUUGAUUCAUUUGUUUCCCAAGAUGAGCAAAAUCUUCACAGAAAGAAUAGCACAAUCCACCGCAACACUAGCUACAAUUCUUGCGGGAGGAAGGUAUCAAAGAGUUCAGAUGGUUGCCAUUGUUCCAAGUCGGGGAACAAACUUGCUCGCAGAUCUGAUGAAAGUAAACUUACAUAUGGAAAGAUGAAGCACAAGUUGUAAACUUUUUUCAGUCUUCUAGGCUCUCUUGUUCAGCAUUUUAUGUCAGAUUGGAGUCCCCUCCAAUAUCCAGAUUGAACAUUAUCUGGUGCUUUCUGUGUAAGUUCCAUUAACAGGCCUAUGAUCAUCAUCUUCAUCUGA